AUGGCAUCUCCUCAAAUUGGCUGGAUUGGCCUUGGCUCGAUGGGUCUUCCCAUGGCAACAAACCUUCAGAAACAUCUCAGUUCAACAGCGGCUCCAAAUCUGAUUUACUUCAAUCGCACCAUCUGUCGUGGUGAUUCUCUAAAAGAUAUUGGUGCUCAGCCCGCAUCAUCAGCUACAGAUCUUGUCGAUAACUCGGAUAUUAUCUUCAUGUCUUUAAGCGACGACUCUGCCCUCGACUCAACUCUAAAUGCUAUUCUCGACUCAGAGGACUCCGGAAAACUCGCUGACUCUUCUGCAAAGGCAGAGACUAGGAUCCAAGAGAAAGGGGGACAGUUUAUCGCCUCGCCAGUUUUUGGAGCAAGUCCUGUUGCAGCACAGGGAAAGCUCUUGUGGAUUAUUGCAGGGCCGAAUGCUGCUGUUGAUAAAGUCACUCCAUACGUUGAAGGGGUUAUGGGAAGAGCUGUUAUCAGGGUCGGUGAGGAUAUCAGAGCGUCUGGUAAAAUGAAGACGGCAGGAAACUUUAUCACAGCUGGUUUCAUGGAAAUCAUUGCCGAAGCACACGUCCUAGCUGAAAAGUCGGGUCUGGGCAGUGGGAACCUGGAAGCGUUGAUCGAGCAGCAAUAUGGGCCUCUACCAUUCUCAAUGUCUCAGCGUUUGACAACUGGAGCAUACAUGCCAGCCAGAGGCGACAGGCCUUGGUCCGAUUUGAACUUGGCAAUCAAAGACGUGGGUCAUGGAAUUGCCCUUGCAGAACAGUCUGGAACGAAAUUGGAAGUGGCAGAAGUUGCUAUUAAGCAUUUGAAGGAUGCAAAGAAGUUCUCUGAUUCUGAGCAGCGACCGCUUGAUUCAUCUUCCAUGUAUGGAAUACUACGAAAGGAGGCUGGACUGUCUUUUGAGACGGCAUUGAUCAAGGACCGGGAUGGAAAGGACGACAAAUAA